GACGAGCAUGUAAUAGAGAUUACUUUUACUGUGAUGUUUAUCUCGUACAAAUGAAGCAUAUCAGAAGCAUCUACAAACAAGAAAUGCACGUGAAGUGUGGGGCCAGAGAUCCACUUGUUCCACUAACCCCUUGUGAAUCAGGAACACCACUGAGUGGUUUGAAAGGUAAUGGAAGAACAAUGGAAACAUCAAAAGCUGAAUGUGAAAAUAUUUUGGAAAAUGAAAGGGAGGGGACCUUACACGGAGGCCUUAAACAAGGAAAAACCAAAUAUUCAUGUACAGCUCUUGAACGUUUUAUAUAUGUUUUAAUCGGAAGUCUGGUGUGUGUGAUAGUUUCAGUCACAACUGUUAAAAUAAUGAGGCUACGCAAACAGCUAAAAUAUGAUAAACAAGAUCGACAAGGAAAGGCGGCGUUCAAUGAACGCAACCCCACCCGACCCAGUUACAAAAGUCAGUGGCAAGGAGCCCAGGAGGACCCCAAACAAAAACAGGACAGGGCACAAGGCAGAGAGCAUGGGCAGGCUAACUACUAAAAUCAUAAAUAAAUAGUAACUGAUCAGGAAAAUAAAAAAAAAUCUGGAAAAAAGUGAUCCCUCGGAAGUAUUAAUCACAACAAAAUUGCAAGAAAAUUGCAGACUCGGUUUGAUUGAGUCUGUACAUGAGGGAUAAUGGAUAUGUGCAACAUCCCUCACGCCCCCUAGCACCGACUUGAGCGGUACUCAAUUCUCAACACUUAAUAGUGCUGGCAUCAAUGAUCCCGAAGGACCAGAAAACAUAACAACACUGAAGUGAAGUACAGGGCAACUAUUUACAGCUGCCACACAGCACUUGACACCUGCUGUUGUGAAGUAUAAAAAUUCUGGAAACAAAGUGAUCCCUCGGAAGCAUUAAUCACAUCAAAAUUACAAAAUAAUUGCAGACUCGGUUUGAUUGAGUCUGUAUAUGAGGGAUAAUGGAUAUGUGCAACAUCCCUCAGGCCCCCUUAGCGUCAAAGUUAAAAAGCAGGCAGCAUAUGCUAAGGGUGAUUCACCAUUAUUCAAUUAGAAUUAUUGGAACCACCCAACUAGAAAAGGUCAAAUAGUCAGAACUAAGAAUACCACAAAUGCAUCAGUAAUCGUGCUGAACGAUCUUUAAGCAUCGCAAAUAUAACAUCUCUGAUGGAAUGUACGGGGCG